UUCUUCCAUUAAAUUACAAAAUUUCUUUUAAUUUUUGUAUUGUGACCAUUUUUCUACUAUUCCCUAUUUAUAACUCUUAUUUGUCUAUAAUUUAAAACAAAAAAAUCAUUAUUUUAAAAAAAAAAAAAGAAAAAAAAAAAGAAAAAAGUCUAGCCCUGAUAGGCCUAUUGCACGCAGUAGAAAAUUUGUGGUACACUUCAACUAGUACUAGGAAUAAGAUCGUAUUCGGUGCGCUUCGGGUUCACACUCAAAAACGCCCUAAUAAUCCGCCACGUCAACUAACACUCACGUGUCCUCUUUCUAUAGCUCUCAUUCCUUACUGUUUAGAAAACAAACCGUAGGCUAGCACUCUCUCCGCUAUCCCCUCUUCUACGUAUUGAAAUUCCGUAUGUACCUCUCAACCCAAUCGAACCCAAAGAGCUCUCUCUCUCUCUCUCAGUCGAGCCUCGGAGUUCUCUCUCUCUGUGUCUCUCUUCGACAUUAGUUUCUUCUAGGCAGUGUCGCUCUUUCGCAGAGCCCACUCUCUCUAACCCUUGAAGCGAUUGGCUGAUCGGCGAAGCAAACUCUUCUACCAUGACUAUAAUGACUCCUCCACCGUUGGACCAAGAGGAUGAGGAUAUGCUCGUGCCGCAUUCGGAACUCGUGGAAGGUCCUCAGCCCUUGCAGGGUCCUCAGCCCAUGGAAAUAAUAGCGCAACCAGAAACUGUUAGUAGGACGGAGAACCAACAAGUUGAAGAGCCUCAAACAUCUAGGUUUACAUGGACAAUUGAGAACUUUUCUAGGGUGAACACCAAGAAGCACUAUUCUGAGGUUUUUGUAGUUGGUGGUUAUAAAUGGCGGGUGCUUAUUUUUCCUAAGGGAAACAAUGUCGACUACUUGUCAAUGUAUUUAGACGUGGCUGAUUCAGCAACGUUGCCAUAUGGGUGGAGUAGAUAUGCGCAAUUCAGCUUGGCUGUGGUUAAUCAGUUUCAUGGCAAGCUUACAAUAAGAAAAGACACACAGCACCAGUUCAAUGCAAGGGAGAGUGAUUGGGGCUUCACAUCUUUUAUGCCUCUAAGUGAACUUUAUGAUCCCUCUAGAGGGUUUCUUGUGAAUGAUACAUGUGUUAUUGAAGCUGAUGUUGCUGUUCGUAGGAUCAUCGAUUACUGGACAUAUGACUCGAAGAAGGAAACUGGUUAUGUUGGACUAAAGAAUCAGGGAGCUACUUGUUAUAUGAACUCUUUGCUUCAAACUCUAUAUCAUAUUCCCUACUUCAGAAAGGCUGUGUAUCACAUGCCGACAACAGAGAAUGACAUGCCAUCAGGAAGCAUUCCUUUGGCUCUUCAGAGUUUAUUUUAUAAGCUACAAUAUAAUGAGACCAGUGUUGCAACUAAGGAAUUGACCAAAUCUUUUGGAUGGGACACAUAUGAUUCUUUCAUGCAGCAUGAUGUGCAGGAGCUUAAUAGAGUUCUGUGUGAAAAACUUGAAGAUAAGAUGAAGGGAACUGUUGUGGAAGGGACAAUACAACAGUUAUUUGAAGGGCACCAUAUGAACUACAUCGAAUGCAUUAAUGUGGACUUCAAAUCUACGAGAAAAGAAUCAUUUUAUGACCUUCAGCUCGAUGUCAAAGGUUGUCGGGAUGUUUAUGCGUCGUUUGACAAGUAUGUUGAAGUUGAACGUCUUGAAGGUGAUAAUAAAUAUCAGGCUGAAGAACACGGAUUACAGGAUGCUAAGAAGGGUGUUUUAUUUAUUGACUUCCCGCCAGUUCUUCAACUUCAACUAAAGCGGUUUGAAUAUGAUUUCAUGCGGGAUACGAUGGUGAAGAUAAAUGACCGCUAUGAAUUCCCUCUUCAACUUGACCUUGAUAGGGAGGAUGGUAAAUAUUUAUCACCUGAUGCAGAUAGGAGUGUUCGCAACCUUUACACACUUCAUAGUGUUUUGGUUCAUAGUGGUGGGGUGCACGGUGGACAUUAUUAUGCUUAUAUCAGGCCGACCCUAUCUGAUCAAUG